ACGAUUUAUAAAAAAGACAUAAAAUACGAGGAUUUAAAGGUACAAAGCGUACAAAAGCGCACAAUGAAAUGAAUGAAUGUACACCAGUGUGCGUUAUUGUUGAGAUAAUGUAUCUUUAGCUAAAAUGCAAUAGCUUUGUUAUGCGGCUAUGCGGCUCCCUCUAGUGGCCUAAAUGAACCAUUGCGAGUAAGUGAAAGGAAGAGGUGCUCGUUGAUCGAGCCGUUACUCAAAACCUCAGACUAUCUGACUGGGGGCUUGAAAUUCUCGACGCGUGUCGGGGUCGAGGUUCUGUUUUAAACGGAUCAUCUUAAACCGGGGUUCCUGGAGUCCCGGAGUCCUGGGGAGCCACAUCCUGCAGGAGUUACAGGUUUGGGGUUUCCCAGCUCUAAUCCUGCAGUGCCACAUUUUCCUUUCCGCGGAAACCUUCUCUGGCUGUGGUUUGUGUUUUUGGAAAAACCGAACAGCAGAGUGGCGCCGUGGAAGCCUGCUGGGCCCAUAACCCAGAGGCUGAUGGAUCAAAACCAUCCUCUGCGAUGCACAACUCAUAAGCGCACUAUCAGGUCAAUGAAAUGUACGGAAAAACAGGUCGCUGAUAUUUAUGACAGGGUAUUUAUGUCGCUGACACUUCUAUCCAACGCAUUUUAAUUCUGUACCCGCUUAAAGAGCUAGGUAUUUUACUGGGGCAGUUAAAAAAUAAAUGAAUAUUGAUUGUUAGUUUUCGUGUACACGUCCGUGAAUCCUCUCGUAUGAGGUGAAUGGUGCCAACAGUAUUUUUUUCAAGUCCAUUUCAUUUCCAGUGAUUUGUGCUGCGCGGCUAAUAAACCCAGGUCUUCAGAACUUGGAUUAUACUCUUGUUAACUUCGCAGUUUGAUGCGGUGAGAUCUUUAUUAAAGGUGCAGUAUUAAAUCACGUCUGAUUUAGUGAUGGUGGGACUCCACUGACAGAAUCUGCUGUGCACCUGCAGAGACAUUAUCAUGGCUCACACCUGUCUGUCUCCAUCCAAAGCGUUGGGACAUCCGAGACCGAGGACGAGCGCCGUCACUAGAGAAGGGGCUCCUGUCUCUUUAAGGGAGAGGGCUCAUGGGCAGGGAGUGGCUUUUGUUUCUGCAGAAGACUGUGCACCUGUAUAUUUCCUGAAAGGGGGAGGAGUUCGGGAGCCGUGGAAGAAGGAAGAGGCUGAGAGAAGAACAAAAGAGAAUAAAAACUGAGUGUUUGCGAUGACCUGAACUUGAAACCUUUUAAAAAUGGUCAACUUGGGAGUGUGUUGCGCUGACCUGGAGGAAGAUAAGUCCCUGAUGAAGAUGGGGCUGGGCAUGGUCCUCAUUGGGCACAUCAACUUCCUGCUGGGGGCGCUGGUGCACGGCGCUGUCCUGCGGCACAUCAUGGUGCACAAGCAGGCCCGGUCUAUGGAGUACGCCGUCUCCAACGUCAUCGCGCUCGUGUGCGGGCUGGCAGGCGUCGUCACUGGAAUUUUAGCUAUCAUCCUGUCCCGGAAGAAGAAGAAGAAGAAUCUGGCGUGGGCUCUGCUGGCGCUCAGCGCCAUCAACACUUUGCUGGCCUUUGCCUCUGUGGUGGGGCUCACCCUGUCUGUGGUCACGGCCGUCGCGAACGACGGGUACGGCCUGCUGACGCACUGCAACAUCACCAGCCCCCUGAGCUACUACACCAUCACGGACGAGUGCCCCUUCGACCCCACGCGCAUCUACAGCACAACCAUCACUCUGUGGGUUCUCCUGAUAUUCAUGUGUGCAGUGGCCAGCGUGUUUUCGGGGAGAAGCUUCCACGCGUGUCUCAGGAUCCUGGGAGCGUGCUGCAGACCCAGGAAGAGGAAGCGAGUCCGGAUCAGGCAGGAGCGAGUGCUGAGGGUGGACAGUCCGACAGCAGAGCAGCCUGGGGAGCCGAGCGAGCCGCCGGAAGAGAGCGGUCUGCUCAGUCAGGACCCCACCAGGAACACCUGGCUCUGACACCACCACAGGCUGGAAGACCAGAACAGGACCCCUCAGCCAGUCUCGCACACAGGCCCAUGGCAAAACCACAGCAGGAACAACAUAGACAGCCGGGCUCUGUCUGUAAGGACUGACUCCUCCUGCCUCUUGCAUAGCCGGGCUGAACUCGGGCAGAUGUUGUAUCUUUUCUUAAUCUGACAGAGCUGAUUAAAUCAUGACUAUGAAUGCGGGUGAGGCAGAGCAGGUAACUUGAGACGGCCCGAGCCAGGCUUCCCCCUGUGCUGUUACAUAGAAGGAUGGCCUAAUGUCUCCCUCUGCUGGACAGGUGAGGAAGUGCGAGGGCUGUGUUUGGAAAGGCGACUGCACCGAGCUGUACUGUGGUCAUAGUGGAGACAGUCAAACUCUGAUGAAAGAGUCACUUUGGAUUUAAUCGUCAUAUUCGGAACCGUGAGGGGCUUUUUGUUUUUGUUGUUUGUACCUUUUCUUGGCUAUACUGUCUUUUCUUUAAAAAAAAGCUACAGUAAAUAGCACUGUUUAAAAAUAUGCGAAGUGUGGAUUUUCUUUAUUACCCUUGGAGGAAACAAUAACAAUAACCAAUAACCAUG